GGGGCGGGGCGGCGCGACGGCAGGCGUGACCUUCCCAACAUGGCGGCGGCCCGGCGUGUGUGAGGGCGGGCCCCGGAGGCGCGCAGGCCAAUAGCGGACCGCGAGAGGCGCGGGGGCGGGGAAGACGGCCGCCGCAUGCCCAACCCGAGGCUCGGGAGGUGGCUGGGGAGUGAAUUUUCUGGAAGGCGACUUUAAAGGCGCCAGGCCCGGGCGAAGGGCGUUUCGGUGUCGCAGCCGCCAAAGGGGGCCGGGGAGGGGGCGCGUUAGUGGCAGGAAGCGAGCGGUGCGGAGGUCGCGGCGGAACCAGCUGGUGACCCUGCACGAUGAACCACAAGAGUAAGAAGCGGAUCCGCGAGGCCAAACGGAGUGCGCGGCCGGAACUCAAGGACUCGCUGGACUGGACGCGGCACAACUACUACGAGAGCUUCUCGCUGAGCCCGGCGGCCGUGGCGGAUAACGUGGACAGGGCAGAUGCUUUACAGCUGUCUGUGGAAGAAUUUGUGGAGCGAUAUGAAAGGCCUUACAAGCCCGUGGUUUUGCUGAAUGCCCAAGAGGGCUGGUCCGCGCAGGAGAAAUGGACUCUGGAGCGCCUAAAAAGGAAAUACCGGAACCAGAAGUUCAAGUGUGGUGAGGAUAACGAUGGCUACUCUGUGAAGAUGAAGAUGAAAUACUACAUCGAGUACAUGGAGAGCACGCGAGAUGACAGCCCCCUUUACAUCUUUGACAGCAGCUAUGGUGAACACCCCAAAAGAAGGAAACUUUUGGAGGACUACAAGGUGCCCAAGUUUUUUACUGAUGACCUUUUCCAGUAUGCAGGGGAGAAGCGCAGGCCCCCUUACAGGUGGUUUGUAAUGGGGCCACCACGCUCUGGAACUGGGAUUCACAUCGACCCUCUGGGAACCAGUGCCUGGAAUGCCUUAGUUCAGGGUCACAAGCGCUGGUGCCUGUUCCCAACAAGCACUCCCAGGGAGCUCAUCAAGGUGACACGGGAAGAAGGAGGGAACCAGCAGGAUGAAGCUAUUACCUGGUUUAACGUGAUUUAUCCCCGGACACAGCUUCCAACCUGGCCACCUGAAUUCAAACCCCUGGAAAUCUUACAAAAACCAGGAGAGACUGUCUUUGUGCCAGGAGGCUGGUGGCACGUUGUCCUCAAUCUUGACACUACUAUUGCCAUCACCCAGAAUUUUGCCAGCAGCACCAACUUCCCUGUUGUAUGGCACAAGACGGUAAGAGGGAGACCAAAGUUAUCAAGGAAAUGGUAUAGGAUCUUGAAGCAAGAGCACCCUGAGUUGGCAGUCCUAGCAGACUCGGUUGACCUUCAGGAGUCCACAGGGAUCGCCUCCGACAGCUCCAGCGACUCCUCCAGCUCCUCCAGCUCCAGUUCAUCGGACUCAGACUCAGAGUGUGAGUCUGGGUCUGAAGGUGACGGGACGAUGCACCGCAGGAAGAAGAGGAGGACGUGCAGCAUGGUGGGCAACGGGGACACCACCUCCCAGGACGACUGCGUGAGCAAAGAGCGCAGCUCCUCCAGGAUUAGGGACACUUGUGGAGGCCGGGCUCACCCCUGAGCAAAUAAAGAGACUGUCCCUGAGGUGGCUUCAGCAUAAGCUGGUGGCAGCCGCCCAACUCAGUUCUCACGUCUUCUGCUCCCACCUUCUCCUCUGUCUUUGAAUUUGGAUGUUCCUUCCCUGCUCCAAGCUCCUAUCUUCGGUCACAUGCUGUUUUUCUGCUUACUAAGACUAGAUUAUCAAGAAGUUUAACAGCCUGGCCAGCUCAGUGAAACACUGGCGCUAACAUGAUGUUGGGUAAGAAGGUUCUGUGCUGUCUCACUGAAAACCACGCCGGUGGGCCAUGAGGCCGGAGGGUCUGGUCCUUUCAACAUCUCGUUGUAUUUGUUACCUCGCUGGUGUCGGUAAGGAGCUCCCGUCACCCACACAGCCGGCGUGUACAAGCAGAGAUGCAGAGUGGUGAGAGGACUUUGAUCUGUGUGUGAACCUGUGACUCGUCAGAAGUACUGUAAGUGCCACCUUCCUGUGUGUCUCCUUCAGUCCAAAACGCAUUCUGUGGCAGUGACCCAGCACCGUGACCCACUGCUCAUCCUGUCUUUGGAUUACUUAUCUUCUCCCCACAGUCAGGGAGGCUAUGAAAUAUCAGGGUUAUUUUUGUGUGGUUUAUUUGGGGGUGGGGAAGAGAUGCUGGAGAUUUUUUGUUUGCAGAGUGGGAAAGGCGUUUAAUGUGUUCCUACCACAUAACUUAAAUUGUGACUAGGGCCGAGUUCUAGUAGAUUGGCCCCAUCCUUUCCCACCACAUGAUCGUAAGCGGUUCUCACUUGUGAUCGGCAUUCUCCGCUCGUCUGACCUGCAGGCGCUAAGUGGGGGGCUUGUGUUCCACACAGGGAGUAAAUUCAGAGAUGGCACUUCUAAGAAGCCUUCGGACUCUGAUGAUACUUCUAAGUGACUCUGGUAUGAAUAUUUGGGGAUUGACCAGCAGGUUCUAUCUCUUGUCUUCUUGAUUCACCUGCUUGCCUUAAUCUGUCCCUGAAUUCAACUAAAUUUAAAUAAAAAAUAAGGGGGAGAUUGUCAAAGGCCACACCCAGUCCAAAGCACUGUCUGGGAUGGAGUGUGAGUAAAGGCACUAGUAGCCAGGUAGGGGAAGGAACUGUGUCACAGUAGUGUUCCAGAGGAGGGAACAGCAAGUGUGGACGUGUUAGAAUUGUAUGGUGUUAUCCCUAAAAUACCCCCUAGAAACAGGUCUAAUCAGGGGAAUCCAGGUCUUUGCCCAGUAUUGAGUUGCUGAGGGACUGGCUCUGGGUUGUGUGGCUUUACUCUAGGACACUGACUCUCUAUUGUGUCUCAGUUCAGUUUUCUGCAUCCAACCCAAAUGCCACCCCAGUUGUGUGGCUGGGCUGGUGAGAGAACUUGUGCAGCCUCCUCAGGCAGCGCCCCUCGCUCUGCCUGCCUGGGGGUGCUGCUGUCCCUCCGCCCUCGGGGCUCCCUCUGGUUCCGUGGUGGGCCCGGUAUGUGUUUGGGUGUGAGUACGGUAUAAUCUCUUGUUAGUAAUAUCUGAAUGGUGUCCCUCCUUCUAUUUUUAAAAGACUCUUCUUGCCAUCUUCAAAAAGCUGUUUCCUUUUUCCCAGUACUGCUACUGGGCGGUCACCCUUGACCUCUUUCCUUACCUUCCUCUCUAUUGCCUACCAGCUGCUCCUCUCUAAACUUCAGUUCGAACCAGAGAACAGCCCAAAAAGGUUCAUUGCCACCAGAGGGCGUGGUGAGAUACACUGCCAGUGGCCUGAACGGUGCAGUAGAAAUUGGAAUUUUGAAGGUUGGAUACCCACUUUUCCUUCUCUAGAUGUGAAACGUGAUUCCUGUUUGAUAAACAGUAACCAGAAGUAAGGGCUCUAGCCCAUCCGACAGGCCCCAGAGCCACCUCUCCUCAAAGCAUCUGGAUGAGACAGAUUAUGCACUACUGUUUGUCUCUUGCCACCCCAUAAGUAACAGUGGGACAUGCCUUAUCUGUUCUGGCUACGCGCGCUUACUGUCACUGUGCCGGCCAGGCACUCCAUGUGGAAGCAAACAGGAAGGAGGUGGGGAAGCCGCAUGUGGGGAAGGAGUAGAUGGUGGCCUGGUGAUCGCGUAGGGUAGGUCCAUUUGUCCACAGGUAAUCUUCCUCCUGCCUGGCACGAGCUGCUCCUUGGAGUGGUGUCAACAGUGGUAAAGUGAAGGUUGCAGCAUCAGACUCGUCAGGGAUUAUUCUCCAAGAGGACAGCAAAUCCUAAAACCAAAGAGCUGGGUCCUGGGAGAAGGGAUCUUAGACCAGAAACUUCAGAUAGGAGAAGGGUGGCAGAGACUUGAGUGGGGGACCCAGGACGUCAGGAGGGCCCUGGGUCUUUGGGGGUGAGGCCUCACUGUCAGCCUGCAGAGCGGAGUGCUGCGGGAGGUGCCUCUGCGGUUGCAGUGCUGGGGUGUUGGGGGUGACACCUUGAGGGGAGAGCCACUGUAAACAGGGACAUGCAUUUCCACAACCAGAAAGGGAAGUACAGACCUGACUAAAUGCAGGUUUAUUAGAGCUUCGUGAAAGAACAUAAUUAACAUUGUAGCUGUGUAUGUAAAUUAGUAUGUGACGUAGGUAUUUAAGAAUCGAUGGGAAGUUGCUGGUGCAGAUGCUUUACAAACUCACUAGAGUCUCAGCCUUAGAUUUAGGUCUUUAGACACAGUACGAGAUGGAAGAGGAGUUUUGCAUAAGUGUAGAAAGUGCUGUCUAGGGAGCAGCAUGUUAAGGACUCUGCAGCUAGUUCCUUUAGAUUGUGUGUAGUAUUUCCACAAAUAAGUUGUUCUGAUAUGUGUGCUGAUAAUGCCCGUGGGUUCAAGGUAGAGUCUGUUGGUUCUGACAAAGCCUUGCUUUUGUCAAGAUGUGACACUGAUGUUACAUUGUAUACAGUAAAACUAGGUGAAUGUGUAUCCCUAGGUGGUGGCUCAACUUUGUCUCAUUGUUAGUUGAAAACUUGACUUCUGUAGCCUCCACUGAAUCUCCCUGGAGGAGAACGAGCCCUGGCCUGCUGUCUCCACGGUGACUGGACAGGACAGAACUGGGACUGUCUUCUGAGCACUUGUGCCUCCUCGUAGUUGUCAAAUAGAACUCGGAGCAAUCUCCUAGUUCUGCGUCCAUUCUGCGUGCGUCUAGCUGUGGGGUGGGUCUGCCAUUGGAUUGGUAUUUUUAACUUUCACUUGGAUGAAAUUUGUUCAUUUUAAAUAAAGCAACUUGAUUUGGAGUUGUGUUUUUCGCA